UAAAGACUGCGCGCCGCGAUCGCUGGCCCCGCACUGCUGAGGAGCGGAGGCUCCGCCUGGGGGGCCCCCCAUUCCUGGCUGUCCCCCAACUGCGCGUCCCCGCCCCACCCCAGCGGCCGAGCCACCACUGGUGCAGUGGUCUCCGCUUGACAGAGGAGCCUUGAGCGGUCACCCGCCAGGUUCCACAGCCUCUUUACAUCUCGGAUUUCGGGGCGGUCCCCUCCCCCACCUCUCCCUGCCUCUUUGCGCCCCGCUUUUUCUGCGUCUUGCUUGGGUUCCGUAGUCGUCUGUUUUUGCACCCUUUUUUCUUUUGCUUCUAGGAGAUUUGGGAGGUGAAGCUGCGUUCACACCUCUUCCCCUUGUUAGCCUUCCCUGCUCGGACAGUCCCCCUUUUCACCGCAGUUGGGGGGCCUAGGAUCGGUGUAUCUUCCGCCGCGAGGCCAGCACCCCGCAGCGCGUGGCCGUGCACCCCAGAAUUUGCUGCAGCUGCAUAUCUGAGAGGGGUCUCCUUCGCUCCCUCCGCCUUUGCUCCCCGCGCUUUCGGGUGCGUGGAGGGCUUCAGCGCGCAGAGCCCCCGCUUCUCCGCAGCCCCCCGCCCCGCGCUGGGACUCGCCCUGAGCCGCCAAGAUGGUCAUCCAGAAAGAGAAGAAGAGCUGCGGGCAGGUGGUUGAGGAGUGGAAGGAGUUCGUGUGGAACCCGAGGACGCACCAGUUUAUGGGCCGCACCGGGACCAGUUGGGCCUUUAUUCUCCUCUUCUACCUCGUCUUCUAUGGCUUCCUGACUGCCAUGUUCUCCCUUACCAUGUGGGUGAUGCUGCAGACUGUCUCUGACCAUACCCCCAAGUACCAGGACCGACUGGCUACACCUGGCUUGAUGAUUCGUCCCAAGACUGAGAACCUUGAUGUCAUUGUCAAUGUCAGUGACACUGAAAGCUGGGACCAGCAUGUUCAGAAACUCAACAAGUUCUUGGAACCUUACAACGACUCCAUCCAAGCCCAAAAGAACGAUGUCUGCCGCCCUGGGCGCUAUUAUGAACAGCCAGAUAACGGAGUCCUCAACUACCCAAAACGUGCCUGCCAAUUCAACCGGACCCAGCUGGGCAACUGCUCUGGCAUUGGGGACCCCACUCACUAUGGUUACAGCACUGGGCAGCCCUGUGUCUUCAUCAAGAUGAACCGGGUCAUCAACUUCUAUGCAGGAGCAAACCAGAGUAUGAAUGUUACCUGUGCUGGGAAGAGGCCCCAACAUCAUAGAAACAAGGGGAAACCGACUCCUGAGGAUGGGCGAGAUGAAGAUGCUGAGAAUCUCGGCAACUUUGUCAUGUUCCCUGCCAAUGGCAACAUCGACCUCAUGUACUUCCCCUACUAUGGCAAAAAGUUCCACGUGAACUACACACAGCCCCUGGUGGCUGUGAAGUUCCUGAAUGUGACUCCCAACGUGGAGGUGAAUGUGGAAUGCCGCAUCAACGCCGCCAACAUCGCUACGGAUGAUGAACGAGACAAGUUCGCUGGCCGCGUGGCCUUCAAACUCCGCAUCAACAAAACCUGAGGCCCCUUCCUCCCGCCCCCCAUCUCUCUCCUGUGGAUGCUUCUGGAAUGUCCCUGACCCUGCCUGAUCCCUCCCUCACCCACCCCAAAGGUAUUUUUUAUAACAGAGCUAUGACUUGCCCUUUUCCUUGACUUCUCAAUCCAGCCUCAUGUCCAUUGUAAUUCCCUGGCAGUAUGCAUCUUCCACCACCUUCUCCCAUCCCAACCUUAGCUCAGUCAGAGACGGGAAGAUGGGCUACCAAGAUGGCCAUAGAGGAGUCAGGAGCCUUUCUAAUUCUGAUUUAGCUAUGAGAGCUACCCCCUCUCCUGCCUGCCUGUUCUAAAAGCUACAGAAAAUACCCACUGACCCACCCAGCUACACACACACACACACACACACACACACACACACACACACACACACACACACACGGCCUUGUUUCACUCCUUUGCUUCCAGAAACGAGUGUGGUGCUCCCUCCUUCCAUUCCUUUCUCUGUCUUUCUUUCUCACACUUUCUCCCUCAUCUGCACAGUUGCUAUCUUGGUGACUUUUGAGUUAGCUGGCUCUACUGACAGGCCUUUCCCCACCUCCUUUUCAUCCCGAUUCUCUCCUCUGAAAGGCAGGCAGUUAUUUGUCAUUGAGGACUAGGUGGGUUCUGUAGCCUUUUGCCUCUUUCCUGUCACAUUCAGCUUCUCACCCUAUGAUGACUAUGUGAACUGGGAAAUGAGGGUCUGGAAGAGAAGCCUGUAUUGACCCUUGUCGAAAAUCCUCUAGCAGCAGCCCCUGACUUCGGUUUCCUCCUGGUCCUUUGUAUCACCCAAGUAACUGCUACUCAGAGGGGCGGGGUUGACCUAGGCUGAAUAUCCACUUUGUUUUUACUGAUGGCUCCCUUCCCCCAUUUGCCUUCCCAGAAUAUCCUUCAAGUUCCACUUCCCAGGGAGCUCUGGGGGAGGGGCAGCCAUUCUGGCUCGGUCCCCAGCGGCCACCUUGGAAACAUCAGCUGGCUAGGGGACUAUUCCACCUCCUUCCCCUGAGCCUAGAUCUGCCCCCACCAUCCCCUCUCUGGCUUCUCUUAGCAAGUUAUCACCUUAUCACUAACUCCGUCCUUUUCCUCCGCAUGCCAGCCUGAAAGUUCCAAAUAUCCUCUUCAAUCUAGACUUUGGAUUUCUUGGCUCCAUCUCCUUCAGACCCCCUUGGCUUUGCCUUUUUAAGAAACCCCAUAAUGCCCAUAGAAUGUUCAAUGAAGCACCUCCUGCUCUGGGUCUUCUUAGCUGUAGAGGCAUUUUAACUCUUUCUCCUCCAGUGUCCCUUCACUUACUUUCUCACCCUCUCUAACCUCCUUUUUCUUUUCUUAAUGCUGCAGCCUCCACACUCCACCCACAGAUAGACCCUUCCCUCUUUUUUCUUGCUGGAUCUGUGUCUCUUCCCUUUGGGUCCCCAUGUUUUCCUGCACACCCCGCCCUUCGCACCAUGGUCUCUCUCUCUGCAGUUAUUUAAUGCCUGUGUCAGAUCUACUGUAAAAAGAGGAUAAAGUACAAUAAAAUGAGAGCAAUUAUAUAUAUAAAUAUAUAUCAUACACAGAA